AUGACACCUCCAGAAUCAGAUGAUACGAAUGCUGGCGACACGAUGCCACACGAGGAGCACACCACUGAUGGUGAACGGACACCCCAAGACGACGCCUGGGUACAAAAGCCAACCCUCAUCGCUCGCCACGAGCGUGACGAACGCUCGGGGUUCCCGCCGCGGAAACUCGGAGUAACAUGGCAAAACCUCACCGUCGAGGCGGUGGCCGCCGAAGCCACCAUUCACGAGAAUGUAAUCUCCCAGUUCGACAUAGUCAGGCAAGCACGGAGCCUCCGGAGGAAGCGGCCAAUGAAAACGUUGCUCGACAAGAGUCACGGGUGCGUCAAGCCGGGCGAGAUGCUGCUUGUUCUCGGGCGUCCCGGGUCCGGAUGUACGACGCUCCUCAGUGUUCUUGCCAACCGGAGGCGCGGAUACGCCUCCGUCACCGGGGACGUUCAUUACGGCUCCAUGGAUUCGAGGGAGGCCAGGCAUUAUCGCGGACAGAUCGUCAUGAACACGGAGGAAGAGCUCUUCUACCCCACCCUGACCGUUCAGCAGACUAUCGAUUUCGCGACACGUCUGAAGACCCCGUUCCGCUUGCCCGAGGGUAUAUCGUCCAAAGAGCAGCUGCGAAACGAGACAAGAGAUUUCCUCUUGCGCGGCAUGGGCAUUGAGCACACCACGACGACCAAAGUCGGUGAUGAAUUCGUCAGGGGCAUCUCGGGCGGAGAAAGGAAGCGGGUGUCUCUCAUCGAGUGCAUGGCGACAAAUGCAUCAGUCUAUUGUUGGGACAACAGCACCAGAGGUCUAGACGCGAGCAUGUACGUUCUCAUGCUUAUCUCCCCGCUGUUUCAUGUGCUGACUCUUGUUUCCAAAAACAGGGCAUUGGAAUACGCGAAAGCGAUCCGUGCAAUGACCGACAUCCUCGGCCUCGCAUCCAUCGUCACCCUUUACCAAGCCGGAAACGGCAUAUAUGAGUUGUUCGACAAGGUUUUGAUUCUUGAGGGGGGCCAUGAAAUGUUCUACGGGCCUUUAAAGGAGGCACGCCCGUUCAUGGAAGGCCUGGGCUUCAUCUGUCAAGAGGGUUCUAAUGUGGCCGACUAUCUGACCGGAGUUACCGUUCCCACCGAACGCCUCAUCCGACCAGGCUGCGAAAAGAGCUUCCCGCAUACCGGCGAGGAAAUUCGGGUUCAAUACGAGCACUCCGAUAUCUACAAACACGCAAUCACCGAAUACGAUUACCCAACCACCGAAGAAGCUGCGGAAAAUACAAGACUAUUCAAGGAGGCUAUCAAGGCCGAAAAGUCCAACCACAUCCCCGCCAGCAGCGUCAUGACGGUCAGUUUCCAGAAGCAGGUCAAGGCUUGCAUCAUGCGGCAGUACCAGAUCAUCUGGGGCGAUAAGGCCACCUUGUUCGCAAAGCAAAUUUCAGUGGUCAUCUUGAGUUUGAUCGCUGGCAGCUUGUUCUACGACGCGCCCAACGACUCGACCGGCCUAUUCCUCAAGAGUGGUGCCUUGUUCUUUUCGCUACUAUACAACAGCCUGUUGGCUUUGUCCGAGGUAACGGCGUCCUUUACCGGCCGACCGGUGUUGACAAAACACAAGUCCUUCGCUCUCUACCACCCAGCUGCUUUUUGUUUCGCACAGAUCGCAGCAGAUAUCCCGAUAUUGCUGGUGCAGAUCAGCAACUUCUCCCUCAUUCUCUACUUCAUGGUAAACCUGACAAGAACGGCCGGUGACUUCUUCACAUUCUGGAUCAUACUGUUUGCCACGACCAUGUGCAUCACAGCCAUGUUCCGGGCCAUUGGCUCAUCUUUCCGGACAUUCGGUGCUGCCUCCAAGGUUUCCGGGCUGAUCAUGAUCGGAUUGGUCUUAUACAGCGGCUACUUCCUUUACAAGCCAACCAUGCACCCGUGGUUCGUGUGGAUCUUUUGGAUCGACCCUCUCGCGUACGCUUUCGACGCCCUUCUCUCCAACGAGAUGCAUGGAAAGACCAUCCCUUGCGAGUCGGUCAAUCUGGUUCCGUUCGGACCAGGGUACGGAGACUCAGCGCACCAAGCAUGUGCUGGCGUUUUGGGCGCGCUGCCCUUUGAAAACUUCGUUCUUGGCGACAACUACCUCAAGGCGCUGUCUUACAGCCAUGCUCAUCUCUGGAGAAACUUCGGUAUCGUGUGGGCCUUCUGGUUCCUGUUCGUCGCUAUCACGAUCUUCUCGACAUCGCGGUGGAAGGCGAGUUCCGAGGCCGGGUCGACGUUGCUCAUUCCCCGCGAGAAGGCAAAGGUUGUCAAGAAGGCUAUGCACAAGGACCUGGAGGCCCAGGAGAAGAGCACCGGCUCGAGCAUCCCCGACAACGCCAACGACAGCUCCGGUCGUGACGACAGUUCCGAGAACCUGAUGCGCAACACGUCCGUCUUUACGUGGAAGAACCUCUCGUACACUGUCAACACGCCCGAGGGCGAGCGCAAGCUUUUGGACAACGUCCAGGGCUGGGUAAAACCUGGCAUGCUGGGCGCUCUGAUGGGUAUCUCUGGCGCCGGGAAAACGACGUUACUCGAUGUGUUGGCGCAGAGAAAGACGUUUGGCACGAUCCAUGGUUCAAUUCUCGUCGAUGGAAGGCCAUUGCCAGUCUCGUUCCAGAGAUCAGCGGGGUACUGUGAGCAACUGGACGUUCACGAGCCGCACGCGACGGUCCGGGAGGCACUGGAAUUCUCGGCUUUGUUGCGGCAAAAGCGAGAUGUUUCGCGAGAGGAAAAGCUCAAAUACGUGGACGUGAUCAUCGACCUGCUCGAGCUCAACGACCUGGCAGAUACCCUGAUCGGGCGCAUCGGCGACGGCCUGACGGUCGAACAGCGGAAACGCGUAACGAUAGGUGUCGAGCUUGUUUCCAAGCCAAGCAUCCUCAUCUUCUUGGAUGAGCCGACAUCCGGUCUCGAUGGGCAAUCCGCCUUCAACACUGUACGCUUCUUGCGCAAGCUGGCUGAUGCCGGGCAGAGCGUUCUCGUCACCAUCCACCAGCCCUCAGCCCAGCUCUUUGCCCAAUUCGACACUCUCCUCUUGCUCACGAUCGGUGGACGCACGGUCUACUUUGGCGAUAUCGGCGACAAUGGACAGACGGUUAAGGACUACUUUGCGAGGUACGGGGCACCUUGCCCGCCCGACGUCAACCCUGCCGAGCAUAUGAUUGACGUCGUGAGCGGCCACCUCGAACAUGGACACGACUGGAGUGAAACGUGGCUGGCAUCUCCCGAGCACAAUGCUAUGGAGAAGGAGCUGGACCAUAUAAUCACCGACGCGGCCUCCAAGCCCCCAGGUACCGUCGAUGAUGGCCACGAAUUCGCACUCCCACUCUGGGAGCAGAUCCAUAUCGUCACGAAGCGGAUGAACCUGGCGCUGUUCAGGGACACGAACUACGUCAACAACAAAUUCCUCCUUCACAUAUUCUGCGCUCUAUUCAAUGGCUUCACGUUCUGGAAGCUGGGAGACUCCGUCGUCGACCUGCAGCUGCGGCUGUUCGCCAUCUUCAACCUGAUCUUCGUGGUCCCGGGCACGAUCAACCAGCUGCAGCCGCUCUUCAUCGAGCGGCGCGACAUCUUCGAGACGCGCGAGAAGAAGUCCAAGACGUACUCGUGGGUCAGUUUCGUCACCGCGCUCAUCGUCUCCGAGGUGCCCUACCUCGUCAUCUCGGCCGUGCUCUACUUCGUCUGCUGGUACUACACGGUCGGCUUCCCGCGCAGCUCCGACCGCGCCGGGGCCACCUUCUUCGUCGUGCUCAUGUACGAGUUCAUCUACACGGGCAUCGGCCAGUUCAUCGCCGCCUACGCGCCCAACGCCGUCUUCGCCUCGCUCAUCAACCCCUUCGUCAUCGGCAUCCUGCUCGCCUUCUGCGGCGUGCUCGUGCCCUACCGCCAGAUCCAGGCCUUCUGGCGCUACUGGAUGUACUACAUCAACCCCUUCAACUACCUCAUGGGCAGCAUGCUGGUCUUUGACGUCUGGGGCGUGCCCGUGCGCUGCACCGAGGCCGAGUUCGCCUACUUCCGGCCCCCGGCGGGGAAGACGUGCGGCGAGUACCUGGCCCCCUUCCUGCAGGGGUACGGGGCGGCCAGCAAUCUGACCAAUCCCGAGUCGACGACCACCUGCAAGGUUUGCCAGUACCGCGACGGCAGCGACUACCUGAGGACGGUCAACCUGAAUCACUACUAUUAUGGUUGGCGAGACGCAGCCAUUGUGGUUAUCUUUGUGCUUAGCUCGUAUGGUCUAGUGUACGGCUUGAUGAAGCUACGGACCAAGGCAUCGAAAAAGGCAGAGUAG